AUGUCAGGAUGUCACUCACAUGUAACUGAAACCUUUUUCUUUUUUCGACUUGAAAUCCGCCCCGACUUACUAGCCUGUGACAUCCCCUGUCUUAUAGUGAGAUACAAAUUUUAUUUUAAAGGCUCUGACGUUGUAAAAAAUUUUUGUGAGACGAAUAAUAUUGACAUGAUUGCUAGAGCACAUCAAUUAGUAAUGGAAGGAUAUAAAUGGCAUUUUAAUGAAACGGUACUCACAGUUUGGUCAGCCCCAAAUUAUUGUUAUCGUUGUGGAAAUGUGGCAGCUAUAUUAGAAUUGGAUGAGCAAUUAAAUAAAGACUUUACUAUUUUUGAAGCUGCUCCACAGGAUAAUCGUGGUGCUCCAGCCAAAAAGCCUCAACCAGACUAUUUUCUCUGA